AUGGAAAUCAACCACCACCCCUCCGAGGAACACGAUGACGACAAAGACGCUCUCUCCGCCAUGAGCGCCAUUCCUCCUCCUCGCAAAAUCCACUCCUACAGCCACCAGCUCCGCGCCUCCGGUCAAAAAGGCCACCACCGUCAGCGCCAGCAUAGCCUCGACGAUAUUCCCAAAAUCACCGAGGCCCUCUCCGGUUGCGGUAUCUCCGGCGAUUCUUCCGAUGACGAGUUCUACCCUUACGCCACCACCACCAAUUCCUCGUCGUUCCCUUUCACCGGAGACACCGGCGAUUCCGACGAUUACUUGAUUACACACCAGCCUGAGAUCGGAGAGGAUUUUCAGCCGCUUCCGGAAUUCGUCGGAUCCGGAGGCGGCGUUGGUAUGUUCAAAGUCCCCACGCGAUCUCCGUUGCACUCGGCGCGUCCUCCUUGCUUAGAGCUAAGGCCUCAUCCACUGAGAGAGACUCAAGUCGGGAGAUUCCUGAGGAACAUAGCUUGCACGGGAACGCAAUUGUGGGCUGGGCAAGAGAGCGGCGUUAGAUUCUGGAACUUCGACGACGCGUUCGAGCCAGGGUGUGGUCUAGGCGGCCACGUACGGAGAGGAGACGAAGACGCUGCGCCGUUUCACGAGUCGGCUAGUACUGCGCCCACCACUUGUUUGAUGGCUGACAAUGGGAAUAGGCUCGUUUGGAGUGGUCACAAAGACGGUAAGAUCCGGUCUUGGUCGAUGGAUCCUUCAUCUGAGAAUGACGAUGAUGAUACUCCUUUCAAAGAAGGCCUCUCUUGGCAAGCUCACAAGGGUCCGGUCAAUUCUGUAAUCAUGAGCUCUUAUGGUGAUUUGUGGUCAUGUUCAGAAGGUGGUGUGAUCAAGAUAUGGACUUGGGAGUCUAUGGAGAAGUCACUUUCGCUUAGGUUAGAGGAGAAACAUAUGGCUGCUUUGUUGGUGGAGAGGUCAGGGAUUGAUCUCAGGGCUCAAGUUACUGUUAAUGGUAGCUGUAGUAUAUCUUCCUCUGAAGUUAAAUCUUUGUUAGCUGAUAAUGUAAGAUCUAGAGUAUGGGCUGCUCAGCUUCAAACCUUCUCCUUAUGGGAUGCUCGCACGAAAGAGUUACUGCAAGUCUUCAACACAGAAGGUCUGACUGAAAACAAGGUUGAAAUGCCAUCGGAGAAGGAUCAGCCUGCAGAGGAUGAGAUGAAGGUGAAAAUUGCUUCCACUUCGAAGAAGGAGAAGUCGCAUGGAUUCUUGCAACGCUCAAGGAAUGCUAUAAUGGGAGCUGCAGAUGCUGUUCGAAGGGUUGCAACAAGAGGAGGAGGAGCAUCUGAAGAUGCCAAGAGAACAGAAGCUAUGGUAUUGGCUGGGGAUGGCAUGAUUUGGACCGGGUGCACAAAUGGAUUGCUUAUACAGUGGGACGGAAAUGGAAACCGGCUGCAAGAUUUCCGUCACCAUCAGUGUGCUGUAUUGUGUUUCUGCACUUUUGGGGAGAGAAUAUACAUUGGUUAUGUUAGUGGUCACAUCCAGAUAAUUGAUCUUGAAGGCAAUCUAAUCGCGGGUUGGGUUGCGCAUAAUAACGCAGUGAUAAAGAUGGCAUCAGCGGAUGGCUACAUUUUCAGCUUAGCCACUCACGGUGGUAUACGUGGAUGGCAUGUGAUUUCUCCUGGGCCUCUUGACGGGAUAAUAAGGUCGGAACUGUCUGAAAAGGAACGGACAUAUGCGCAGACAGAUAGUGUUAGGAUUCUGAUCGGUUCAUGGAAUGUUGGCCAGGGAAAAGCUUCCCAUGAUGCGCUUAUGUCUUGGUUAGGCUCUGUAGCAUCAGAUGUUGGUAUUCUUGUUGUAGGCUUACAAGAAGUAGAGAUGGGUGCUGGGUUUUUAGCAAUGUCAGCAGCUAAAGAAUCAGUAGGAGGAAACGAAGGGAGUUCGAUAGGGCAGUAUUGGAUAGACACAAUAGGGAAGACGUUAGACGAAAAAGCAGUUUUUGAACGCAUGGGAUCGAGACAGUUAGCUGGUUUGCUCAUAUCACUUUGGGUGAGGAAGAACCUGAGAACACAUGUAGGCGAUAUUGAUGUUGCAGCGGUUCCAUGUGGUUUUGGGCGCGCAAUUGGAAACAAGGGAGGUGUAGGUUUAAGAAUUAGGGUCUUUGAUCGGAUUAUGUGCUUCAUCAACUGUCACUUGGCCGCACAUCUAGAAGCUGUAAACCGCAGAAAUGCUGAUUUUGAUCACAUCUACAAAACAAUGUCCUUUUCCCGGUCAUCAAAUGCUCAUAAUGCACCAGCCGCUGGUGUGACUACCGGUUCUCAUACCACAAAGAGUGCAAAUAAUGUAAAUGUCAACACGGAAGAGACGAAACAGGACCUAGCAGAGGCGGACAUGGUUGUAUUUUUCGGUGAUUUCAACUACAGGCUCUUUGGUAUAUCAUACGAUGAAGCUAGGGACUUUGUCUCACAAAGAAGCUUCGAUUGGCUUAGAGAAAAAGAUCAGCUCAGGGCAGAGAUGAAAGCUGGAAAAGUUUUCCAAGGAAUGCGUGAAGCCAUCAUCACUUUCCCUCCAACUUAUAAAUUUGAAAGACACCGGCCUGGCUUAGGAGGGUAUGAUUCAGGGGAGAAAAAGCGGAUUCCUGCAUGGUGUGAUAGAGUAAUAUACAGAGACACACGCACGAGUCCAGAAUCUGAAUGUAGUCUGGACUGUCCAGUCGUUGCUUCGAUUAUGCUGUAUGAUGCUUGUAUGGAUGUGACAGAGAGCGAUCACAAACCGGUCCGUUGCAAAUUCCAUGUGAAGAUAGAGCAUGUUGAUAGAUCAGUAAGGAGACAAGAGUUUGGGAGAAUCAUCAAGACGAACGAGAAAGUCAGAGCGUUGCUUAACGACCUACGUUAUGUACCAGAGACGGUUGUUAGCAGCAACAGCGUUGUUCUCCAGAACCAAGACACCUUCGUGCUUCGCAUCACCAACAAAUGCGUCAAGCAGAACGCCGUUUUCAGGAUCUUAUGUGAAGGACAGAGUACGGUGAGAGAAGACGAAGAUAACACGAUGGAGUUACAAUCUCUAGGCUCGUUUGGUUUCCCACGGUGGCUCGAGGUGAUGCCAGCAGCAGGAACUAUAAAACCGGAUAGUUGUGUGGAGAUAUCGGUUCACCAUGAGGAGUUCCAUACACUGGAGGAGUUUGUAGAUGGGAUUCCUCAGAAUUGGUGGUGUGAGGACACACGAGAUAAAGAAGCAAUACUUGUGGUGAAUGUGCAAGGAAGCUGUUCGACUGAGACUGUGUGCCACAGGGUCCACGUUCGUCACUGCUUCUCGGCUAAGGCUCUUAGGAUCGAAGCCAAUCAAUCCAACUCCAAAUCCAGUAGUUUGAAGAAAAACGAAGGAGACUCUAAAUCUAAGAGUAGUAAGAAGAACGAUGAAGACUCUGGCUCCAAGUCUCAUAAGAAGAGCGAUGGAGAUUCUGGCUCCAAGUCGCACAAGAAGAGCGAUGGAGACUCUGGUUCCAAGUCUCACAAGAAGAACGAUAAAGAUUCUGGCUCAAAGUCUCAUAAGAAGAACGAUGGAGAAUCCAGCUCAAAGUCUCAUAAGAAAAGUGAAGGAGAUUCAAGCUCCAAGUCUGAGAAGAAGAGCGAUGGAGAUUCAAGCUCAAAAUCUCAUAAGAAGAGCGAUAAGGAUUCUGGCUCAAAGUCUCAGAAGAAGAACGAUGGAGAUUCUAGCUGCAAGUCUCAUAAGAAGAGCGAUGAAGAGUCAAGCUCCAAAUCACAGAAGAAGAACGAUGGAGAUUCAAGCUCUUACAAGUCUCAGAGUGGGAAGAAGAGUGAAGGAGACUCGAGCUCCUACAAAUCACAGAGUGGGAAGAAGAACAGUAGUAACUCGUCGACGGGAGAGGAGAGCCGGAAUGGCCACGACAAACGUUGA